AUUCUUGGACCUUUCUCCCAGACAGAGGCUGUUUCCUAAAAUACAUUCGUGUUCAUGAAAUUUAUUUUCAUUCGCGUUUUACAGUUCCUACUGACUAGACGGGUUCGCUAGCGCAUCAAAACGUUUCUAAUUACAAAUUUAAUCUUUAGUUAUUACCGUACAAACGGAUCAUUUACUUCCUUGCUGUUCAAAUUUGGUGAUUCAUUAAAAAUGUUCGGUCACCAUCAAGAUGUUCAAGAAGAAGCAAAAUUGGAGGUGAUGCAAAGAGUGUGGCAAGGCAAACGCAAUUCUUCCUCUUCCACAGCUUUCUUUGAAGGCGUCAAUGAAACUGAAGAUAUUUUGGCAGUACCCAGGCAGAAUUCUUGGGUGACCAUUUGCGUUCCGCCACCUCAAAAAUCGACUUGCAGCGAUGUUGAAAGCGAUAAUGAAUUAUUCGAAACCCCCGAGCUAUUGGCCGUUUCUAAAGAGCCUGGACGAUAUGAACCGGCUUUCCAAAAACUUGACGCCGCUUCUUUGGGAGAUUUACCCGCUCAUUACGUUAUUUGUCCGGUACAACCGCAUCAGAUGCCUGUGUGUGGUGUCUAUGUCGAUAGAAGAAUUGUAGCGGGAUUCAAAUACAAAGUACGACCGUUGCCUCCUGUUGGACAAAGGUCUACAACAAACAAGUGCAUGUUUGGAGAAAGAGCACUGACAUUACAAAGCAUUGGAAGAGGUUUUGCUAGAAGAUUUACCUUUGAAGCUGACAAGGGCCAAAUAAAUUCAAACGAUAAUUACUUCUACAGUGACAAUAGACCCGAGGGUUAUGCUUUUGAAUUAGAAGUUAUAUCUGAAGGAGAUAAAUUCACGAUCUUCGAUAUUGGACGCGAAGCACAAGGAACUGUGGAAGUUCUGAAAGUUGAGGGGCCCCAAUUCGAAAUUUCUAGCUCUUUGACUAAACAGGGUCUGGAGAAACGGGCCAACGUUAAAUUUAUAGGCAAGGUGGAGUUCUACGACACCGGGGUGGCCAAGCCUAUGAUCCUUAACGGGGUUGUGGUGGCCCUAAAACCUAAGGGCAAGGGUAGGGCUGAAGUGACGAAAGUUAUCAAUGUGACCAUUAAGAAUCAGAGAUGGUAUUUGACGCCUGGUAUACAGAAUAAUUACAGGAGGAUUACGGUGAAGGGACAGGAUAUUAAUGAUGUGCCCACUAAGUACACAAUGACUGGUAUGGAACCCUAUGAGAUACCUGUUGUAGGAACGUAUGUAGACCCCAGAAUUGUACCCGGUUUCAGUUACAGGGUGCGUCCUAACAACAGGAACAAGCAUUUGUUUAACGGCAGAGCAUUAAGACUUGUAAGCAUUGGAAUGGGAUAUGCUAAGAGGCUGACUUUUGAACCUGAUUCUCAACUUAACGCCGACAACUAUUUAUGGUCAGAUAACCAUCCUGAUGGUCUUGGCCUUGAACCCAGAGCCGUCCAUAAAGGAAUGAAAUUUAUGGUAAAAGCUGGCGAACAAGUUUUGGGAGAGGCGACAGUUUUCAGGGACGACAAGCCACAAUUUGAAGAAAAAACCGAAAAAGUCGAAGUGUCUCCCGGUCAAUACGCCAUCGUAAAACACAUCCACAUCGAUGUAAUUUGCCACAUCCAGUUAAUAAGACCUGGUGGAGGAUCCAGCGAAGAAGACUGCUACCUUAUGAGGGUGUCCGGCGUUGCCAUCGUGAGAAAACAACCCAAAACCAACGUUGCCAGAGUGAGAGAAGUGUACAAUAUUGGUCUCGACUCCCAGCUCAACAUUCUCUUUGCUCAGACACAUACAGAGAUCAAGUUUAUUCCGAAAUAAGUUUUUUUCUCUUUAUUUGUACUUAACUUGAAGGCUUAGUGAUAUAUGUUUAUGUUAUUAUAUUGAUCAUACUGUGUUUUGGUUAAUUUACCUUGUUCUCAAUGUAUGCAAUAAUAUUCAUUAGUAUUUUUUUUUACUUAAUGUAAUAUUAGUUUUUAUAGAUAGAACUUUUCGAGGUCUUCUUGCUUUAGACACUUAGAAAACUUAUUUUUUUAUAAAAUUAUGCAGUUUUUCAGCAUAAAUAACUUGUCAUUUUAUUAUUCCUUUUAAAUCUGCCUGACCUGGCAAUCAAUGCUUGGCUUAGAAACACAAAAGUACCUUAACUGACGUUAAUAGCUGCCCAUACACCAUUAGCGUAACUAGCAAUUCAUCCUAGAGAGGGCCUGGUGAUGAGCCAGGGGGGCCUAGGUCUUUUGGUUUUUAAAAAAUGAAGAAUAAAGAACGUGUUUUUUAAAAUAAAACGUUUACAUGAAUU